AUGGCGACCGAUAUUUUAUUCGAUACGACCAUGGGUUCUUUCGUCGUGGAACUCUACAAUGACCAUGCGCCAAAGACCUGCAAAAACUUCGCGACUCUUGCUCAGAGAGGGUACUACAACGGUGUCAUCUUCCACCGCAUUAUCCCGAACUUCAUGAUCCAAGGAGGCGAUCCUACAGGCACUGGACGCGGAGGCAGCUCAAUAUACGGCGAGAAAUUCGAAGACGAGAUACACUCUUCAUUGAAACAUACUGGGGCGGGUAUUUUGAGCAUGGCCAACAGCGGACCGAACACGAACGGAAGUCAAUUCUUCAUUACUCUAGCUCCGACGCCUUGGCUCGAUGGGAAACACACGAUAUUCGGACGCAUAAAAACCGGAAUGAGAGUUAUCCAGCGUAUGGGCUUAGUCAAGACCGACGCUGAAGAUCGUCCUCAGGAUACGGUCAAGAUUAUCAAGGCGCGAUUAAUCGAGGAGGGUGCAGAGGAUUGA